GCCGAACUGCGAAACCUGCAGUGGCGCAGUCGUCUAAUUAAGGGGCCAAGGAACAGGAUCAAGGCUGAGCUAGAUGGAUCGAUUGCGUGAUUGGCCACGGUUAAGUCCUGAGACGCACUAUUUCGCCGAAUAAUGGGGUCGGUACCCGGGGUCCCUCGGUAGAAAGAGGGGAUAGGAUAGGGCUUGGCUGGAGCCUCGACCAGCAGCACUCUCCUGUCUCUCUUCAUACUCACCACCGAGCUUCGGCAGCUCGCAACCGCGCCUGAUUCACUGGUUGGAAUAUAAAUACUCCCGACGCGUGGUUGGAAUAUAAAUACUCUCGACGCGUGGUUGGGGUAUAAAUAAUCUCGACGCCAUUUAAUCACACGAGCAACAACACCCGCCAUGGCCGACGUGGCGGCUGCUCCCCCGGUGACUUCCCUCGAGGAAAAGCUGGCAGCCAUCGAGCAGAGGUUGGCCGUGCUCGAGCUCGCCUGCAAGUGCCACUGCGCUCCGCCAGCAGAGGCCGCACUCGCCAAGAAGGAGGCCGAAAACAAGCCGGGUGGACCCGGGGCGAUUGAUGCCGCUCCAGGCGACGCCAAGGACGACAAGGAUAAGGUGCCCGAGUCCCGAGUCAAGGUUGUUGUCAGCAGGAAGGACCCCGACACAGGCGAGGCCAUCGAGGAGGACGCCAAACUCCCCCAGCCCAAGGACGGAGAGGUGGACCGCGAGCAGUGCGCCUUCGUCCUGCGCAAGAACAUCUUUGGCAACGAUUUCUCCGUCAACUCGACGCCCAACAACUCCGAGAUCGACAUUACGAACCCGGACCUGUGGGACCUGCUCAAAAAGCACCUGGGCUACUACCCCUAUCACAUCUACCGCGAUGCGCCCACCACUCUCGACUCGCCCUACGAGGCCAUAGUGUUCCAAUUCGACGAGCUGGAAGCCGCGGCCGACGAGGCUCCGAAGGAUGACAAAGACAAGCGGGCGCGCGAAGACCUGAAGCUGCUCCUUGGAACCAUCAAGGGCGGGUCCUCGGGCGACGAGAAGCUCGACAAGUACUUCAAGAUGCGGCCAAAGUACAAAUCCCAGCAGCCCGAGACAAUCCAGUUUGAGGAUCUCUGGACCAUCUUCCCGCCCGGCCAGCUCGUUUUCGGGACACCCUUCCAGGGCGAACCCCAGGUCUUUGUCGUAAGGGACAACAAAGCGACCUGGCCAUGGCAGCGAGAGCGAGACGGGCGUGGCUACUCCCCCUGGAGGCUGGACGCCUGGUCGUAUGACUGGAAAGAUGGCUCCUUUGCACGCUCCGACUUCACCCUCGUCUUUGACCACUUUGACGGCCACCUCCCGCUCCUCUCGCUGCCCUACUAUCCCUUUGAGCUGCACCCGGACCACGACGCCAUCAGUGCCAAACUGAUUGAGCGGGGCAAGAUUUUCCGCAGCGUCUGCGAGGCGAAGCAGGGCUGGCGUCUAUUUGAGUACAAGGGCAAGGCCAUUUCGGAAAGGAAGGGCCUGGCCGGCAUGAAAAACGACGAUUCCGAGGUGGACUUGAGAUCGAACAUGUCGUUUGACAGCCACGAGUACCAAAACAUCAUGGCGCUCAACGCGAGGCGAGCUGCCGAAGCUGCUCCCGCCGCCGUCAGAUCGUCCGAGAUCAACAGCCGGGUCAUGGUCGACUACGAGUCGUACUCGCAGUACGGACAGGCCGACGUGCGCAACGGGCCGCUGAGGUCGGAUGAGAUGGGCCCGGGCUGCAGCUGCACCGACUGCGCCAACAACCUCGAGCUCGCGCGCAGGUACCGCACGCGCUUCGACGAGCCCAGGUUCGCCAACGCCAAGGAGUGGGAAGACGAGCAGUACCUGCUGUGCGCGCCCCGCGUGCUGGGAUACAUCCUCGACCAGAAGCAGUGGGCCCAGCUCCAGGUCAACCUGCUGCACAGGCUCUCGGCCGAGGAAGACAGCAUGGACGCCUGGAACUCGCGGCUCAAGCUGGCCGACGACACGGCGCCGGACAAGCGGAAGAAGGGGAAGAAGGGCUCCGAGAGCCAGUCCACCAAGGACCUCCUCUUUGACCUCGUGCGCAGCCACAUCUCGUCCAGCGUUGAGAGGUCCGACGAGAAGGUCGAAGACAGCCUGGAGGUCGACGACAUCAUCCCCGGCAAGGGCAAGGGCCUGGUCAUUCUGCUUUAUGGCCCGCCGGGAGUCGGCAAGACAUCGACUGCCGAGACCAUUGCCAUCGCCACCAAGAAGCCCCUGUUCUCGGUCAGCGUUGCCGACGUGGGCACCCAAGCCAAGCAUGUCGAGUCCAACUUGUCAAGGAUCUUUUCGCUGGCGACGAGGUGGCAGGCAAUUUUGUUAAUCGACGAGGCCGACGUCUUUCUCGAGAGCCGCGGGCGCGGCAGCGCCAUCCGCUCUACCGACAAGAACGCCUUGGUCUCGGUCUUCCUACGCGUGCUCGAGUACUACCAGGGCAUCAUGUUCCUCACCACCAACCAGAUCGCCGAGUUCGACAUUGCGAUCCCGUCGCGCAUCCACGUGUCGAUCCAGUACGAGAGCCUCAAGGACUACCAGAUGGAGGCCAUAUUCCACGGGUUCCUCGACAAGCUGGACGAGCGCGGGCUGGUCGACGACUACGACGGCAUCAAGGACUGGCUGGAGGAGGUCGUGUACAAGGAGAAGUUCGACGGUCGCCAGAUCCGCAACACGGUCACGACAGCCCUCGGACUCGCGCGCGCCGAGACCAAGUACCGCGGCCAGGGCGGCCGCCUGCGCAAGGACCAUUUGAAGAGGGCUUUCGCCAACGUCAGCGCCUUCAAGCGCGACUUCAACACGCAGUGGGAGCGCUACAAGGAGAGCCAGAAGCAGCUGAUCAAGUAGCGGGGGGGUUACGCAGCUGAAAUGGUAGUAUUCCUGGCAUAUCUACCUACCCAAACAUGAUUGAUUUCCAUGCCGUCAAGCAUCCUUGCGACCAAAUUAGUAGACUCCUUCUGCAGUGUCUAUCCACAGUUGCUUCAAACACCGGCAACAGAGCGUUGCUUCAAACACCGGCAACAGAGCGUUGCUUCAAACACCAGCAACAAAGC